GGGGGUUAGAGAGGAAAGGCUGUACAGUAGGAACUGUGUGGUCCUGUGAGAGUACACUGCGUGUGGAAACCAGAUCCUUUCAAGAAGAUCUCUUAGGCAAAAAGGAAUACAAUCUCUCAGAUUUUCUUAUUGGAGAUAGUUGUGUUUAAUGGAAGACAAGGUACUUCAUCAUUAACCACCUACUGACAUGUCAAAGCCGUAAAAGGAACUGCGAGAAUACUGGGGACAAGUGACUUAAUAAGCAACCUUGCUGCACUAACCACUCAACUCAAAUAGACUCAUACUGGGAUCUUGCAGGCAACAUUGGCUGGACACCACUUCGAAAGCAUCUGGCCUCAGCAUGAUCACCUGGUAAGAGCUGGUGAAACCAAAGAUACUCUUGUUUCCUUAUUGUGAUCUCAAGCAAGCUGACAUAAUGAAACUCUCACCAGUUAUUCUGCUUUUGACCGUGCUAAGUGCUGAAUUGAUAGGAGUCCUUGGUUCAAGCUUAAAACCACAGCGGUUUAAAGGACGUGUGCAACGUGAUCGAAGAAACAUCAGACCCAACAUCAUCCUUAUCAUCACAGACGACCAGGAUGUGGAGCUUGGUUCCCUGCAGGUGAUGAAUAAAACUAGAAGGCUCAUGGAGCAAGGUGGCGCCCACUUCACUAAUGCCUUUGUAACAACUCCAAUGUGCUGUCCUUCCCGAUCUUCCAUGCUGACAGGAAAAUAUGUCCAUAACCACAAUACUUACACAAACAACGAGAACUGCUCCUCACCUUCCUGGCAAGCAAUGCAUGAAACACGCACAUUCGCAGUGUAUCUAAACAACACAGGCUACAGAACAGCAUUCUUUGGGAAAUACCUCAAUGAAUAUAAUGGCAGCUACAUCCCACCAGGGUGGCGAGAGUGGGUUGGACUUAUAAAGAAUUCCCGUUUUUAUAACUACACCCUCAGUCGGAAUGGCUUUAAGGAGAAGCAUGGAUUUGAUUAUUCCAAGGAUUAUUUUACAGAUGUGAUCACCAAUGACAGUAUCAAUUACUUCCGUAUAUCCAAGAAGAUAUAUCCACACAGACCUGUGCUCAUGGUCAUCAGUCAUGCUGCACCCCAUGGCCCUGAGGAUUCUGCACCACAGUUUUCGGAGCUCUUCCCCAAUGCCUCGCAGCAUAUUACACCUAGCUAUAACUAUGCUCCAAACAUGGACAAGCACUGGAUUAUGCAGUUCACAGGGGCAAUGAGGCCUAUCCAUAUGGAAUUCACCAACAUUCUUCAGAGAAAGAGGCUGCAGACACUUAUGUCAGUGGAUGACUCUGUUGACAGGAUAUUUCAGAUGCUUGCAGAGACUGGGGAGCUGGACAACACCUAUGUCAUCUACACUGCAGAUCAUGGUUACCACAUUGGGCAAUUUGGACUGGUAAAGGGAAAAUCAAUGCCAUAUGACUUUGAUAUCCGGGUUCCUUUCUUUGUUCGUGGACCAAAUGUGGAACCAGGGUCAAUUAUUCCUCAGCUGGUUCUGAAUAUUGACCUCGCUCCCACCAUCUUGGAUAUUGCAGGCCUUGAUAUUCCACCAGAUAUGGAUGGCAAGUCUAUUCUGAAACUAUUGGAAUCUGAGAAACCAAGAAACAGAUUCCGUUCAAAUAAGAAGGCCAGGAUUUGGCGUGACACAUUCCUUAUUGAGAGAGGCAAAUUGCUCCGUAAGAAAGAAGGAGGAGCUGGUGAUGCCCAACAAACCAAUUACCUACCUAAAUAUGAAAGGGUAAAAGAAGUGUGCCAACAGGCAAAGUACCAGACAGCCUGUGAACAACCUGGGCAGAAAUGGCAGUGUGUUGAAGAUGCUGCAGGCAAGCUUCGACUCCACAAGUGCAAAGGGACAACCAAAAUAGCUACUGGCAGCAAGAAAAGUAGAAGUCUGCGCACGCAGACCUACAACAGUAAGGAUUGUGAAUGCUCAGACAGUAAUUAUAGGAUGAGUCCAUCUGAGAGAAGGAACCAGAGACAGUUUCUCAGGAUUCACACGACUCACAAAUUUAAACCUCGUUUCAUUCACACUCGACCAAUCCGCUCCCUUUCAGUUGAAUUAGAAGGUGAGAUUUAUGACAUUGACCUGGAAAUUAAAGAACUCAAGUCACUGAUGCCACAAAAUAUUAGCACGGGCUAUUACCAAGAGGAAAGCCCGGCUGAAGAGGGAGAUGAGAACAAUGAAAUGAUUGCAGAGGACAGCAGUAAGGCUGACGAGUCGGUCCUAGAUUCAGUCAAAGUCACACACAAGUGCUUCAUUCUUGCCAAUGACACAGUGCAUUGUGAGAAAGAACUGUAUCAGUCAGCGAGAGCAUGGAAGGACCACAAGAGCUACAUUGACAAAGAGAUUGAAGCUCUUCAAGACAAGAUAAAGAACCUGAGAGAAGUGAGAGGCCAUCUAAAAAGAAAAAAGCCUGAGGAAUGUGACUGCAACAGGAAGAGUUAUUUUGGCAGAGAUAAAGGAAUGAGAAACCAAGGGAAACUGAAGAACAAGAACAACCAUCUGCAUCCCUUCAGGGAAGUGGCUCAGGAGGUAGACAGUAAACUGCAACUGUUUAAGGAGAAUCGGAGAAAGAAGAAAGAUCGUAAAAUAAAGAAGCGCCUGAGAAAGGGAGAUGACUGCAGCCUUCCUGGCCUUACCUGCUUUACACAUAAUAAUGAACACUGGCAGACUCCACCUUACUGGAACUUAGGAUCCUUCUGUGCUUGUACAAGUUCUAACAAUAACACUUACUGGUGUUUGCGAACCAUCAAUGAGACUCACAACAUCCUCUUCUGCGAAUUUGCCACAGGUUUCCUCGAGUAUUUUGACAUGAACAGUGAUCCUUAUCAACUGACUAACACAGUACACAUGGUUGAACGGGAAAUUCUUAAUCAGUUGCACAUACAGUUAAUGGAGCUGAGAAGUUGCCAAGGACACAAGCAGUGCACUCCACGGACUAAGGGUGUGGAAACAGGAAAUAAAGAUGGAGGAAGCUUUGAUCAGCACAGGCUACAGCAGCAUCGAAAGUGGCCAAAGUUGAGGAGGCCUAGCUUCAAGUCCUUAGGACAGCUAUGGGAUGGAUGGGAAGGUUAAUCCAAUCAAACUGCCAAACUUCACAGAAGAUAUCAACUGGGAAGGACUUGAAAAUUUGUACAGUGUGGAUGAAAGCUUGUUUGAACACAGGCAUAAUUAUAGCCUUAGCUUUGGAGACUGGACUAAUUACUGGAAGGAUGUAGAUAGAAUGUUUGCACUGCUGAAGACUUUUUCUGGACACAUUAAAACUUCUGAGCCCAAUGCAUCAGGUAAGGGCGGGACUCUUGAUUUAUUGACCAUUGACACCACAGCACUGGACAUGGCAUCAACUGCAUUGCCUAUUUUGGGAAAUGUGUUCUCUACUGAGCCAGAGGAUGAAUCUAGCGGCCUGACUGUAUGGGAGGCAAAAGAAGCACAACCUGCUGUACUUAUAGACUCCAGGAGUACAACUGCAAGUGCAGCCAUUACAAGUGGUGAGAGCACAGAGGAGAAAAUGAUGAAUUACAAUCGCAUACCUGAUAAGCAUUUUUCAAAUUCUGAAUGGUGGAGGCAUAAUUGGACACAAGAAUUGAUGAAAGAUUGGGUGGAACUGGAAAAUGAUCAAGGUUUCAGUGGGAAUGGCCUGAUGGAGAUUGAGACCAGAAACAGCUUCUUUUUGCAACAAAGUGGCUUGCUUCCAUCACCCAGCAACCAGAAUGAAGUAGAGGAGGAGAGAGUGGAUAUAUUUGAAGAUCAAACAUAUCUUCCUGCUGGCUCUGUUGGUCAAUUUUAUAAUAAAGCUUUCACAAUUCCUCUCGAAACCAGUAUCAGCAGCAAUGAGAAAUCAGCAAGUGUUCAGCUUCAAGAAGAGCCCCAGAACAGUGGAGAGGGAAUCCAAGGGAACUCCAGUACAGAAGGCAGUGCCUUUCCCCCACUCACCUUUCAUUAACUCAAAACCUGCUAAUUAUUUAUUUGGACAUUGAAGUUUUUUUAACAUUGUGAGGUCCAAGCAAAGCAUAUUCCAUUUCCCUUGGAAAUACAUUUCAUAACAGAUCAGCCAUGGCAGAAAUAUUGCAUACAGUUUUAUUUUAGUAGCAUUGUCUGGAACGAGGGAACAAGAAGCUUAUAUUCCUCUUAUAGUUGUAAUCUUUUACAGCUCUUUAUAUAAAUAUAUAUUUAAAUGUUCAGUGUUAUGUAAUUGGGAUCAAAAUGUCCCAAGGUGCUGCAAGAAAUUCUCCAUGCUUUCCAUUGGCUGUUCAGUAUGCAGAAAUUUAGCUGCUUCAGCCUCAAGAUCAUGACCUUUCCAUUCCAAAAAAAUCCUUAUCAUACACCCUUCACAUGAAUCACAGAAGUUAUAUGAGUACAGCAGUGUUUUCUUCUUACAAAAUAUUUUGCACUUUCAGAAUUGUUCAUAAAAUAUUUGCAGAAUUUGGUUGCCAAGUGUCGAUGUAUUAACAGUGCAGAGCAUUGGCUCAGUAAGUUUCUCGAGCUGAUCAUUUUAGCUGUAAUGUGUAAAGGAAAUUUUAUUCUGUGUUCUUCAUGCUGUAAUGUGCUGUCACAUCAAUUGUUCUUUUUUCUCAAGUAUUUUAGGAUUGACGUUUUAUUUUUGCCUUUGCAUUUUUUACCUUGGCCUGUUUUGAAUUUCUUUUUUAAUGAAGGAACAAGGUGAAGUCAAAGUGCUGGAUUUUGUUUCACUUCAUUACUUUUUCCUGUUACUUGGCACACAUGCACACAUAGUGGGACAUGAUAUUAAAGGGAUAUUGUAUUUGUGAAAAUGUUUUGCAAAUUUGUUGGUUGAGGGGGAAAAAUCACUGUCACUUUUACGUGACAACAUUGAGUGCAAAUGUCAUAAUAAUGCACUUCUAAUUACAGCACUGUGUUACUGAUAGAUUAAUAAUUGGUUUGCAAGCACUUUUUCAUCAAUAUGGUGCCCCUUUAAGAUUAAAGCAUAGGUAAAAGUACUUACAAUUUACUUGAUGUGUAACUGUUUUGAUAAAUCUGUUUUUAGUUUAAGAGCCUUGUUUAGCACAAUCCCUAGAUUUAUUUGCAUGAAGGUUUAUAUAAUCUGUGUAGGUUUUACAGUGAUCACAGAUUUUUUUUAUUAUACACUGACAAUGCCAUACAUUUCUAAGCCAAUGUAAUACAUGUGAUGGGUUAGAGACAUCAGACUAGUGCAGUUCAUGAUAUUUUCUUCAAGGAAUAAAAUUUGUAUUAGUGUGUUAUAUUUUGUCUGUAAUCUACACUGGCCAAACUAUUUACUGGUAAUUACAUGUUGCUUGUUUCUGGAUAAACUUGCAGUGAUUAAACCACAAUGCUUAAA